UGCAGACAAACCAGAAUGGGUAAGCUAUACUCAAAUAUUGUUUAGCAUGGCUAGUUUAGCAAUGGUUACACCAUAUGACGAAUCUGGGUGCAAGUAGUUUUCUUUCACCUGCAGUUGACUUUUCUUGUAGGGCUCAGGUUCUAUGAUUGUCCGCGUUCUUAUCUCUUGCUCUCUAGGAAAGAAUGUGCGAAGAGGCAACCUAAAUGUACAAGCUUGGGAGAUAAGAAUGCUUGCCAAGAUUACAACCAGAUAAGUGCUUGGGCGGUGCCGCUUGCAAUGUGUGGCAGUAAGGCAGUACAGCAUGCAUGCUCUUGGACAGCAGCAAACUGGAACAAUGUACACAUCAUAGACUAACCAACGUCGACCGUUGCCAUUCGGAGAGGCUGUUUGCCUGGAAAAGGGAGCUAAGUGUAGUGCUCCGGUACUCACCAAAACACUACCAUGGGCAAAGUCAGUGCUUACAAGAUUAACAUGGGCUACGAUGAUGAAAUGACAUUAGAAGGCUAUAAAUGGUCUCUGAGAAAGGCUCUUGCUGGCUGGACUGCGAUCAUUCUUGCCGCCGGUAUUCCCCUAAUGCUCAUCUCCUGGAAACGAAGUAUUUUGCUCAAGCUCACACAUGUAUUGUGUCAUCCUGAUGAGGCACAGAAGGUGCUGCUGAAAGACAAGUACUCUCAAGAGUUCAUUGAAACAGUUUUCCAAAGCAACAGACCACUGAAGGAUGGUUGCAAUUACUGCUUCUUUCACAACAAGCGUAUCAAGUACAUCUGGAAAACAGACCUUCAGCGCUUCGUGAAGCUUGAUGGGCUUGAAGUCGACAGUUGUCAAGAUUUGCUCGCAAUGUCAUCCGGUCUGUCAGGCGCAGAUGUUGACUACCAGCAAGUCCUGUUUGGCGAAAACUCUCUGUGCAUAGAAAUUACACCUGUUUACAAGCUCGUAAUAAAUGAGGUCUUCAGCCCAUUUUACAUCUAUCAAGUGUUCAUUGUUAUUGUGUGGAUGGUUCAGCUGUAUUACCAGUUUGCUGUUUGUGUCAUCUUGCUGUCAAUUAUAUCAGUCAGCGUAUCAGUCUGGCAAACCAGAAAGCAAACAAGGGCGCUGAGAGAAGCCAUUCACACAGAAUCAAAGGUGACUGUGUUGCGAGAUGAGACUGAAGUGACCCUCUCCUCCAAGGAACUUGUACCUGGCGAUGUGAUCAUACUCCCAGAGAAACAUCACACCAUGGAGUGUGAUGCUGUCCUUAUCAACGGUGACUGUAUUGUCAACGAGAGCAUGCUGACAGGUGAAAGCUGCCCUAUCACAAAGGUUCCUGUGUCUGCAGGAGAAGGGUACACAUUCACAGCCAACAAAAGGAAUACACUCUUCUGUGGAACAAAUAUACUUCACUCGAGAAGUACUAAUAGCCAAGUGAAAGCCAUUGUCUACAGGACAGGGUUCAACACUAUGAAAGGCGAGCUUAUGAGGACAAUUUUGUUCCCAAAACCAGUGCACUUCAAGCUGCAUGCAGAUGUUAUGAAGUCAAUGGUGAUAUUUCUUAUCCUUGGCAUACCAGCAAUGAUCUACACUGGCAUCAUAUUCAGCAAACUUGGUGCAUACGCUCGUGAUAUUGCCAUCGUUGUCAUUGAUGUUGCCACUUUUGUGGUGCCUCCACUACUUCCCGCAGUGCUGACUAGCAUCAAUGCUUCAGCUCAGAGACGUCUAAAGAAUAAAGACAUCUACUGCCUCAACUCCAGCUACAUCAAUUUUUGUGGAGCCUUGAGUGUGAUCUGCUUUGAUAAGACAGGAACACUGACGGAGGACUGCUUGGAUAUUGCAGCCGUUGUUCCCUGUGAAAAUGCAACGUUGCAACCAGCCGUGAACAACGUGAAGGUCCUUCCAUAUGGCCCCAUGCUUGUUGCCCUGGCAACAUGCCAUUCCUUGCACCUUGUUGAUGGGGAAGUAGUGGGCUAUGAGAUGGACAUCAAGACUCUGCAGACUAUUGAUUGGAGACUGGAGGAACCAAAGCUUGGCGAGCCUGUCCCUUUUGAAAAGAUACCGGUUCGCAUUGUCAUGCCAAGAAACUUGCGACUGAGCAGCACAAGCCUGGGUAUUGUAAGGCAGUUCCCAUUUGAGUCCCAGCUCCAGAGAGCAACUGUGGUUGUUACGGCAGCAAGCAGCAACAUCUUUCACAUCUACUGCAAAGGUGCUCCAGAAGUCAUCCAGAAGAUGUGCUUGCCAGAAACAGUUCCAGAAAGCUUCAAGGAAACAUUGGAGAGUUACACAAGGCAUGGACUUCGUAUUCUUGCCGUAGCUUCCAAAGCUCUGCCAAAUGAUACAACUUGGGAUCAGGCACUGCACCUGCUUCCAAGAGCAGAACUUGAGUACGAUCUGCAUUUUAGAGGGUUUAUUGUGCUCCAGAACAAACUGAAGCCUGAAAGCAUGUCAACCAUCACAGCCUUAGAAGAGGCACAUAUCAAGACUGUCAUGGUCACAGGAGACAACCUGUUGACAGCCGUGGCAGUGGCCAGGGAUUGCAACAUGAUAACGGAAACCGAUGCAGUCAUUCAAGUUGAAGCUGAAGCUGCUCAGCACGGAACCAUAAAAGCUGUCUACAGCUACGUCAAGCUGCCUGGCCUGAGUGAAAAGAUUCCCCUUUCCUGUAAAGCAUCAGCAGAUGAUAUUGCUGUGCCACUGCUUUCGGACUGCAGUUACCAUUUGGCAGCUGAUGGUAGAACAUUUAACCUCAUUCGGCUGUAUGACAAGACUCUCUUUAGUAAGCUUGUUCACAAAGGCAAAGUGUUUGCAAGGAUGCUACCUGAGCAAAAGUUGCAACUCGUUGAGGCUCUGCAGGACAUUGGGCACCAGGUUGGAAUGUGUGGGGAUGGUGCCAAUGACUGUGGAGCGCUCAAGGCAGCUCAUGCUGGUGUCUCCCUUUCUGUGGCUGAGGCGUCCGUGGCAUCCCCUUUCACCGCUCAACGUCAAAACAUCCAGUGCAUGAUUGAUGUGAUAAGGGAAGGCCGGGCAACACUUGCUGCAACAUUUGGAGCCUUCCGUUACAUGGUCUGCUACUGCUUUGUGCUUCUGGUGGGAGCGCUCUUCUUGUUUUGGGAUGGACAAAAGCCAUCUGAAGGAGCUUACGUUUUCAUUGAUGUAUUCAUCAGUCUUGUUCCCCCUAUGAUAUUUGGAACAACUGGACCAUAUCCUGUGCUCACCAGGAGAGCUCCCCCUAAAAGCAUUUCGAAUAUUGUAUCAUUCUUUUCCAUAUUAUCGUUUGUGAUCAUACAAACUGGAUUUCACACCGUUGCUUACAUGUUCUGUAUUCAGCAGCCAUGGUAUAAGCCUUUUGUGUUUAACAGAGACUUGUUGCACCAGCCACCACAGUCCUACGUGGCCACUGCAGUUUUGAGCGUGAACUGCAUGUCCUAUGUGAUUGCUGCAGUCAUUUUCUCUCCUGGUCCGCCCUUCAGGAAAAGCAUCAUAUCAAACAAAAUGUACCUAGUGGUGGUGGCAGUGGAAUUUGCGGUUGUGUCAUAUAUAAUAUUGUAUCCAGCAGAGGUCAUACGAAAGUAUGUUAAUUUUUUGGAGGCCCCACAGUAUGAGUUCCAUGCAUUUCUUUUUGUGCUGUCUCUGCUCAACUUUAUUUUUUCAUAUUUAUGGGAGGUUUUCUUGAUUCAACAGUUUCUAUUUAACUUUGUCAUGCCAUGGCUUCAUAACUGGAGGGGACCUUGUCACCUAUAUGAGAAGUUGGAACGGGACCUCAUGGCCGAUCCUUCAUGGCCACCUGUCGGCACUGCUGUUAGCUCUGAGGAUGAGCCUGCUUCAUCUCCUGAACAUGACCCAUCAUCAGGACUCCUGAACUUGCCUACCAGUGGAAAACAAGCAGCGAAAAUGAAGUUUCAGUGUGAAGAGAUUCAUGAAAUGGGUGUGGUGGGUAGGCCCGCACUCACAUUCUCCACAUUUCGUGGUAGCAGCAAGAAACGCAAGAAUGAAGCUUUGAGGCAUGAGUAACCAAAGAUAUAUAACUGUGAAAAAUCUUUAAGUGUGAUGCAUAUUUAAACAGCCAUGUUAUGCAGGCCAAAAGAAAAAUGCAAUGUAGGCACAUACAAA